UAUCCAUUUCUCUGUUUCCCUUCUUUUACUUUUCUUCUCUCUAGUCGUCUUCUUCAACUCUGUCAUGCCCAGCAGGCAGGCAACAUCACUUUCUUGUCUUUUUGCCACAAACCGCGUUCCCAAUGCCUUACAUGUGGCCCUCCACAGUCUCCUUCCCUUCCCACCCCCCACGCUCUUUUCUUCCCCCAGAUCUCUGAUCUGAUGAUGACCAAGAUCUGAAAAUCCCCAAACCCCCCACCAAUUCUCGAAAAAUUUGAUUUUUUGGAAGAAAAAUCCCUGGCGAUGGCGGAAAAUGGCGAGGAGAAGCUCAUAGCAGUGGCCAGGCACAUAGCGAAGACUCUGGGUCACACUGAUACUAUGACCGAUGACAUUCUUCAGAUUUUCUCCAACUUCGAUGGCCGCCUCAGGGAGAAGCUCGCCGACGACGACUCUCGCGGCUGCGCCGCCCUGGAUCGGACCCUCAAGUCCCUGGACCGUCAGAUCUCCCGGUACGUGUCGGUGGAGCAUCCCGUUUGGUCCGAUUCUGCUGAUUCGAUCGCGUUCCUGGAAGCUGUGGAUCAAUUGAUUUCCGCGAUUCGCGAUUGGACGCCGAUGGGGAAUGAGAAGGCGGUGGCUGCCUGCUUGGACCGGGCCGAGGAUUUGCUUCAGCAGGCCAUGUUUCGUCUCGAGGACGAGUUCAAAACCCUAAUGGAACGCGGGGCCGAGUCCUUCGAUCUGACCCGUUACAAGACCCGCGAUUCUGCGACUGCAGAUUACUCGUCGGACUCGGAGGAUGCUGAUGACGACGACGACGACGCGGAGAUUCCGGUGGCGCAUCCGAUCAGUAACUACGACAUAAUCAUCGACGCCUUGCCGGCGGGGACGAUCGGCGAUCUGCACGAAAUCGCGAAGCGGAUGGUGGCGGCUGGGUACGGAAAGGAGUGCUCCCACGCGUACAGUACUUGCCGGAGGGAUUUCUUAGAGGAGAGCCUCGCGAGGCUCGGUAUACAGAAGCUGAGCAUCGACGAAGUGCAGAAAAUGCAGUGGACGGAGCUAGAAGACGAGAUCGAGCGGUGGAUGAAAGCCGUCAACGUUUCCGUCCGGAUUCUCUUCCCCAGCGAGCGCCGCCUCUCCGAUCGAAUCUUCUUAGGCUUAUCCGCUGCCGCCGACCUCUCCUUCAUGGAGGUUUGCAGAGGCUCCACAAUUCAACUACUCAACUUUGCAGACGCCAUAGCCAUCGGCAGCAGAGCUCCGGAGAGACUCUUCAAAGUGCUCGACGUCUACGAAACCCUAAGAGAUCUGUUGCCGGAGUUCGAAUUGCUAUUCUCCGAUCAGUACUGUUUGUUCCUGAGAAAUGAAGCUGUGACCAUAUGGAAGAGGCUGGGAGAGUCAAUCAAGCGGAUCUUCAUGGAGUUGGAGAAUCUGAUCCGCCGUGAUCCGGCAAAAUCCCCUGUUCCCGGCGGAGGCCUCCAUCCAAUCACACGAUACGUGAUGAACUAUCUCCGUGCAGCUUGCAGGUCAAGGCUCACUCUUGAGCAAGUCUUCGAAGACACCCUCUCCCCCAGCAAUGAUCUCGACCUAUCAUCUUCUUCGUCCUCCCCGUUAGCCAUUCAAAUGGUGUGGAUCAUGGAGUUACUCGAGAGCAAUCUGGAAGCGAAAUCAAAGAUUUACAGAGACUCUGCUCUGUCCUCCAUCUUCAUGAUGAACAACAGCAGAUACAUUGUCCAGAAGGUGAAAGACAGCGAAUUGGGGGCGCUGUUGGGGGACGAUUGGGUGAGGAAGCACGGGGCCAAAGUCAGACAGUUUCAUGUGAACUACAAGAGGAGCUCAUGGAACAAGAUUCAGGGAGUUUUAAAGAUUGAUACCUCUCUCCCACCAAACCAAGCAGCAAAGACUUUGAAGGAGAAACUCAAGAUGUUCAACACCUACUUUGAGGAGACAUGUAGAGCGCAAACGACAUGGGUGGUUUUUGAUGAGCAAUUGAGGGAGGAGUUGAGGAUCUCUGUCGCGGGGACACUCUCUCCGGCUUAUAGGAACUUCAUUGGGAGGUUCUAUAAUGUUUCGGAGAGUGGGAAGCACGCGGACAAGCACGUGAGGUAUACCGCGGAGGAAGUCGAAGCCCGGAUUAAUGAGUUGUUUCAAGGUAACGGCGGUAGGAAGUGAAGACCAAACCAAGUUAUGUGAAACCAAGUUAUGUGAAUUCUUGUGUUUUAACAUGCUGUAGAAUGUCUUGUAGAAUGUCUUGUAAUGUUAUGAUCAUCCAACUAUUGAUUAAGCCUGCAACUUAGUGAUUGGUCUGUGCUGAAGAAUAUGUAUGUUGUUUGGACAAAAUUGUGUCUGGCUACAUGCCUACAUUGUACCAUAUGAUGUUGUACCUUAAACCAAAUGAAUACUAUUUGAAACAUUUGUAACACUUUGGCCUCGUUUGGAUAAGCACUCAAUUCUCAAAUUAAUACAAUUGCAGAGGUUUC